CAUAAAAUUUCCCGACCCCGCACCCCCCAUUACUCGUUUCGACUCUGUAGCGUGACCAUGUCGCGUGACCAAUAUCAUGAAACUAACAUUCUUGGCCAAAUAAGAAAAAAAGGCGGUUUCCUUUGCUGGGAUAAAAAAAAAAAACCAUCCUAAUUCAUGUUUAUAUUUAUUUUUCAUCUUACCCUUUUUUCCGCAAUACACGCUUAAGACCAAAGCAAUAAUUGAUAUUCACAUCCUCUUGGGUUACACUUUCGUUUCUCUGAGUUAGCAGCUUCUGGGAGCUUCGGGAACUUAAUUACCACUAAUUCGAAACCGGAAGUAUUGUCGGUGAAAUACAAAAGAAGGCCGAGUAACGUUGCUGUUUAAAACUGUAGUCGGUUAAAUCACAUCUUCGAUAUCGUUGAAUGAUGGAGCUACUUGACGAACUGGUGUUACGACAUAUUGCAACUUUCCUAGAUCCGAAAGACAUCGUUUGUUUACGCAGGACAUGCAGAAGGAUGCAUACCAUGCUCCCUGAAGUUGUUGUGGCCGAGGAUCGGUGGAUAGGAGAGGAUUUUAUCAUCUUCGGUCCAAGAGGUGGUCACUGGGCUCCUGAACAUUAUUUUGACGGACCAGUACUCCCAGGCAACGUGAUCAAAUUAGAAUCGUCUGUGCUAUGGGAAGAUCAAGGUUUUGGAAACAGAAAAGGGGAGUUGUUCGUCCAUUUGAUGCGACCAAGUCGUGCGGGAGAAUCGCUUCAGAUUGCAGAACACCGACAGUUGUUUGGUAUCGCAGAGCACUACGAAAUGAAGGCACAAAAAGUGCUCGGUAGAGAAGAUCCCAUAGUUGCUAAGUCAAGAAAAGGAGAUUUCUACAGGUUUAUGAGAAAUGCAGGCGGAGGUGGAGGCCAUCAGUUAAAGGUAAAGAACUUCAGAGUCAAGGCUACACUUUGCGAAGUCAAGCACUAAAUCAUCGAGUUUCAAUAAGAAAACUGGUAGGCCUUUUGCGACAAAGCCUUCCUUACAAAUCAUGAAGCAACACAGUUUCUGAUUACAGUAAUUUUUAUCAUUAUGAUAAUCUGAGUAUAAUUUCAUUCCAAUCAAUCGAUUAAUUAAAAUUAAUUUCAUUGCAUGAUCCAUCUAUUUGACAAUUAUAACUUCCUUGAUCUGAUUUACAGUGUAAAUUCCUGGCAAUUUUUCCAAUGCAUUGCAUAAAAUCAGAUUACUGGGCCCAGUUGUUUGGGCAGAGGUCAAUGCUCAUCGAAAAUGAAAUUCUAAACUUGCAUGGUUUGGAUGUUCACAAGUGAGGCAUUUAUUGGACAUAUUAUUUUAGAGCUUAAACUUUUCUUUAUAUUGAUUAUAUUCUUAAACUGCAGGCAAAAUUGACAGAGAAAAAAAUAUGGUAGAUGGAGUUGUGACAAGGGAAAGCAAGAACAAAACAAAAAAUUUAUACUACUUAUCACUUUGAGUUAUAUUUAGCUGAAUCAUGCUUUAAACAGCCUAAUUAACCCUGACUUUUUGUGGAGAGAAAAAUGAAAGAAAUUAUGGAAAAUCUAGAGUCUAGGGUGUUUACAUUGGACUAGCUUGUAAUUGUUACAAAGAUUGCCAGUGCAUGCAGUAACAUGUGGGUGUACAGUAGUUCAGUAAUAAACACUCUUUGUCAGCAGAAAUGUUUGCACUGCCAUAUUAUAUCUGUUGAAAACAAACUCUUUUAAACUACUGAAACCUGUUUAUUGUGAAACUCAGAAAGCUGUGAAUGCUUGACUUGAUUCUGAAAGGUCAAUUGUGUACUGACUAUAAGCAAAAUAAAUAAAUUUCAAGACAUGUGAGAAACACACAAAACUACAAAUCUACUAUCACACCAUUGCAGUUUGGUUUCCUGAUAUCAUUAUGGCAUUUCUCUUUAUACAAAGCAACAUUCCAUAUGUAUUUCUUGUGUUCACUGUUUUCUGAGUUUGAUGGUAAUUUCUCUUAUCUUAUUUAUUAAGUUAAAUGUUAUUCUGCAUAGUGCCAUAUCAUUUUAUGCAGGUGUUGGUAAUUAGAGGUUCAAUACUUGACUGCUUAACAAUUAACUGUCUAACUGAAUAUUUAUUUACACUUUGGACUCUUGAGUACUGUAGGAAAAUUGAGAAUAGUCACAAAUUUACUGAUUUAUAUGGUAUUUAAUGUGUAGCAUAAUAUCAAUAUGUAUACAAACUUAAACAAACUGAAAUAUAUCAACAAUAGAAGUUAUUCAAUUCUGAAGCCCAUAAUACAAUAUGAAGCAAUCAAUUUUUAUCUUUAAUUUUUUCACGUAUACAAACAGUGUAAAAGCUGCAAAAGAGGUUGACAGCUCAUGCCAAGUUUCUUUUGUCACCUUAUUAGUAUUUCCAAGUUCCUCUCUUCUAAUAUAAAUUGAAAAGUAUAUCUAUAGACAUUCCAAAGUCAACAACUUCAACUACCCCCUCUCCAACCUAUUGGUACCAGAUCAUGAGAAUCGCCCUUCCCAUACCUUUAGCCCUUACUGUGAUAAAUUAUCUAACAAAGCUUAAUUUGUUUAGCAGAGACUACAAGUAGCUAGUCUUGGCUCUGUUUUAUGACAAAGUCCUUCACACAAGUAAAAAGGAAAUUAAAAAAUCAGAAACUA